AUGAGCGAUGCAAAGGUCUUUAUGGAUGGUUUAGGGGCCGGAGAUCAAUGUAGUAUUUGUUUAAACCCUCUUCUAUGUUAUUUGAAGGAAGAUAUGGGUUUUUUUCCCGAAAAAAAUGCCAAAAAAACGACUUCUGAGGAUGGGUUUUUUGAUAAAAUGGAUGAUAUAGCUUAUCUCGGGAGUUGUACUCACAUGUUUCAUCAUCAAUGCAUUAAAUCUUGGUUAAAAAUUGCAAAUACAUGUCCUGUAUGUCGAGAUCGUUUUUAUUGGGUGCGAUUGUCACGCACUGUUGGAGGUGCUAUUUUUAAAGCUUAUGCAGUAGAAAAUAAAGUGAAUUCUGGAAAUAAUGAUAUAUCGAAUGUGGUCGAGGAAAGCUAUGAUACAUGUAGAUGUAUUAUUUGCGGGAGUUCAGAGGAUGAACAUGUUCUUUUGCUAUGUGAUCAGUGUGAUGAUGCAUACCAUACAUAUUGUUUGGGAUUGGAGGAAGUUCCUGACACUGAUUUUUUCUGUCCAACUUGUAUAACGCUUUCUGGGGAAUGUUUGUUGCAUUUUUCCAGACGUUCUUCAUUUUCUGGGCGUAAUACUCGGAGAACUACUCUCCAGAGAUCAAGUGGUGUUAGAAGUCGUCGCAGGGCUGAUGUUUCACUUACUUCUGCUCGUGCAAAUGCUACAACUUUUAUUGCACCAAAUACUAGUUCCAGGUUUGGUGAAAUAGCUGGUGUUUCUUUGUCGAAUAAUUGGUUGCAAAGGGCAUAUUAUCAAGAUAGUUUUUGGCGAUCGUGGAAUGUUGGAAUAGAAAGUCAAAGAAGUAAUUUAUCUUCUAUUUCAUUGGCACGUAGAACAGGGCUUUUAUCUAAUUCUGGGAAGUCGUGGAUGGCAUUACCGAAUCCGUUGAGUCCUGAAGAAAAGGCAUGGGAGAUGUAUGAUGUUCAAAGGUCUGGUGAAAAGUUUGAAAAAUACAAAGAUAGUUCAUCUAAAGAUGAUCUUUCAUCUCCUGCGUUUCAAAGGAAAUAUAAACGUCCAUUAAUAGCAAAGGAUGAAAUAAAAAAUGAGAUUCAUAUUCCAAAGGAGUGUGUAGAUAAACUUUGUGAUGAUAAUUGUUCUGUUACAUAUGCUAAAGGAAAGGCUAAAGAAAAAUUUGGUAGCCAGAUUGGUUUUUUGCAGAAUUUAUUGGAUGAUAUAUCAAAUACUUCAAGUUAUUCGUCUCGAUUGAACUCCGAUGUUCAGGUUUCUGAAAAAUGUUACGAUAAAGUAUCUACUAUUGGAAGUUCUGAGGAAAAGGAUAAUUCUGUUUUUGUCCAAAGUAUGUUAUCUAAAACAAAUGUUCAUGAUGGAAGUUUUCUUCAAUCGGUUUCAAGUACGUUUUCAGGGAUACAAUCUAAAAAAACACAUCAUAUUUCAUCUAUAUCUCCUUCAUCUUUAACUUUAUCGGAAUCAUUUUUGGCUACGUUUUCUUCUUUUUCAUCAAAGUCUGCUUCUAAAUCAUCUACUGUAUCUCCUGGGAGGAAAAUUGCAUUUACAAUUAAAAAGAAAAUUGAGAAAAUCGUUUCAAAAGAGCUUCGAUUAUACUAUCCUGAAAAAAUAUCAAAAGAUACUUGUAAAUUAAUUAAUAAGCGAGUAUGUCGGAUGAUUUAUGAAGAUGUUGCACUUUUAGGUGAACAUAUGUUUGAUGAUUUUAACGAUAUAUGGUAUGAUAAAAUUAAAGCUGCUGUUGUGCAUUUGAUAGAGGAUUUUGUGCAUAUAUAA